CAAGAGUUCCUGUGAACAAUGUUGAGCCAGAGGCCUCAGCUUCAGAUCCUACAAGUGCUGCUGCGCGUCCCAGAGCAGCCUCGAUUACUGCUUCUUCAACCUCAGUUCCUACUGCUUUAGCCUCUACAACGACCGCUAGGAUGACUUCUGAAGCCUCUUCUACGUCUGAUCCUACAUAUGCCCCCACAGCUACUCCUACAGUCCCAAUCCAAACAGCAAACCCAACCGCAAACGCCACUCCCGAACCAACCACAACCACAUCUCAACCUGAAACCUCAUCAUCUGCCGUCGCCUUACAACCUCCCCACUCUUCCUCCUCAACAUUCCCAUCAACGCCAACCGUCUUAUCCCCUCCUCCAUUCGUUCCAAACACCACCUACACUCCGACCCGCCAACCCAUCACAGGUGACUGCUCCAUCUGCUACGAGCCCCUCCUUCCCGACUCUCCUUUCACGACCCCCCGUCAGGCAGCUCGAGACCUCUCUAUUGUCUACUGCAAGCAGCAGUGUGGCACGAACUUCCACUUCAGCUGCCUGUUCACGUGGAAGAAGUCGGCGUCACAGAUGAACCGGGAGCCGACUUGUCCUAUGUGUCGCGCCGCCUGGCCCUGAUCCUCUCCCACCAAACAGUACUUGGGUAAAUGCAAUAUUUGGUUUUGUUUAUGAAUUUGACUGGAUUUCACGAUUACGGAGUAUGGUCUAGGGUGUUUAC